UUUUGCCAUGUGAUGCGAUAAAAUCUUAACUAAGGAAAGAGCGUUAGUUUAGCAUGUGCAACUUCGAUAGAGCGACUUUAUGACGACAGAAUCAGUCAGGAAGUAUCGAAGAACUGUCGCUAAGCCUGAAAGCCAGCAUGUGGACGCUCAUCUGAGUCACAACAAAGCAGCUUGUACUCCACUGGACAAAGGUGUAGAGAAGACUGAUCUUUCCCAAGCAGCUCUAGAAAAUCACACCGCUUCAAAUCCGCCGAAAUGCUCACCUUAUUCUCACUACCGCACGAGCUGAUAAUCCGAAUUUUCGAGGAAUGCCCAAGUGUCCGCGCAGCGGUGAAUCUCUCAAAUGUCAGCAAGCUCUUCCGUGUCAUCUGGCUCGGUCAUGAACGGAUCGCCGAGGGUCUCAUCCGGACAACAAUACCGUCAGCGGCAGAGACCGUGGAUCUGGCCAUGACAGAAACGUUGAUGAUGAGAGGGGCUUGUGAAUCCCCACUAUCGCAACUCUGGAUACCUAGGCUAGUAUACAUCGCACACCUCGCCGAGAUUGCGACCAGCCUUUGCAGCGAGAAUAAUCGAUGCACGUUUGUCGUUUUACCUGACACUUCUUCUUACUACAAUAUUCGCAGGUGUAUGCUUGCCUUCAUCUUUCCACUAUUGAGAAAAGAUUUGCAGACACCUCUCAUGAGGGUGCCUCUUGACAAGUUACGCAAAGCGUUGUCCUUCAAUAUUGCGCUAGGCUAUGAUGACGGCUGGAGGUCAGAUGACCGACUCGCGGUGCUCUCUAUGUUGACGAGGUCUCCCUCAUACAUGAGAUAUGGACGGGAGAUGUGGGCUUGGACAGAUUUGGUUCUGGGAGCGACUGUUACUAGCAAGAGGCUUAGUCAUGACUGCCUGACUGCAGCGAUCAAAGCCUCCUGAUCAUGAACUUUAGUCCGCUCUGAUCUCUUGUACUAGAGUCACAUCAGCAUAAGGAACUGCGAAAGAGAGCCUGUAACUAGCAUCUCCUCCACAGACAUCACCGCUUUUAGAGGCUGUCGAAAUGCAGAAUGCAUUAUCGAUAUACCAGCGCGUCUGCUGGGAGUCAACAAACAUCCAGAAUUGCCGCAGGCCUAACAGUGUUUCGUGCUCAUAUACACAUUGUACAGUUAUAC